AUGGACGCAGCAACCCUUCAAGCAGCUGUUCAAGCGGCAGUCGCUGCGGUGCUUCAAGACCAGGCAGUCAUCGAUGCCAUCCGUCCCCAACCUCAACCAGCUGCAGCGGUUGCGUUUGCAGUGACACCAGCUGGGACCGGAAACGUCGCGUGGGAUUUCAGCUCAUCAACUGGACUCAAGAUGUACAUUGCAUCAACCACCCCAUUCCGUCAAGCAUACGACGGAAAGGAGUCAACUCUCCGUGAUUUCCUUCGAAAGAUAGCCCAGAGAGCUGAAUCCUACGGAUGGACUCCCGUGCUGAUGGUCAACGACGCGGAAGGGACCCCACGGAACAUCACCAUCCAGCAUGCAUGUCUGACAACGGAACUCGUGCAGCAGCAUGCAGUCACCUACCUCCGUCUCGAAGGCAGACAGCACCAGGCAUCUGCCUGCCUUCACAAACUCAUCUUGGGAUCGAUCACGCCCAGGCUUGCAGACCGAUUGACAACCAGAUCAAGCAACUUCACGGUCAACGCUGCUGCAGCAGUAGCACCAGGAGUCGCAGCUCCGGCACCCGUCAUGAAGGUGGACGGCGUCUGCAUGCUGCACGAGCUGAUCAAGAUUGUGUCGGUAGAGACCAGGGCGAGCGUGGCCAUCAUCAGCAGAAAACUCAACAACCUCGCACAAGUCAUGGAGGAUGUCGAGUCCAACAUCGAGGAAUUCAACUCGACCGUGGAGGGACUCAUCGAUCAACUCCACUCCAAGAGUGUGGACAUACCACCAAUGCUCGAGAACCUCUUUGAGGGGUACACCAACUGCUCUGACCUCACCUUUGUCAAGUACAUCAGCCGAAAGCAAGAAGCCUAUGAAGACGGCACUAUCGAGCAGCUCGAAUAUGGUCCCAAGCAGCAGAAAGGAAAGACAGCCACCGACGCCGACAAGAAGACUCCCAAGCAGGCAAAAGACGACAAGUAUGCCUGGAAACAGGUAGCUCCCAAAGCCGGUGAGCCAAAGGAGAAAACCGUUGGUGGGAAGGAGUACAUCUUCUGCCCACACCACCACACAACCAAGUGGGUGCUCAAGGUUAACGACAAGGGCAUCGUCCACAGCACCGGAUGCACCAAGAUGAAGGAGGCACGUGAGGCGUCAGGACGUGCAACUGAGAACGUCGGCGACACGACAGCCCUGGCAAACGCCAUCGAACCCGAAGAGGAGGCUGUCGAAGACGAAGAGCUCUGA